AUUUUCCUUUAUUCAAAGUAACAAACGUGUCUACGUGCUGGUCAUAGCUAAGUUUUUAAAGACUAAUACAAAUGGACAACCCAACCAAACAGAGAGAGAAAAUGGAAGAUCCCUACUGGUUUAGCUAUGCUCUGAUAAUUAUUUUCUCCAUUUUUCUCAAGCUCUUCAUAAAAAACAAGAAAUCAGCAACAACAAUCAAGAAGAACCUACCUCCAAGCCCACCAUCUCUCCCUUUUAUUGGUCACCUUCAUCUUUUCAAACAACCAAUCCAGCGAUCUCUACAAACUCUUUCACAAAACUACGGCAACAUCUUACUCCUCCGAUGUGGUUCACGUACAGUCCUCUUAGUCUCUUCCCCUUCAGCCGCCGAAGACUGUUUCACCACAAACGACGUCGUCUUCGCCAACCGGCCGCGCUUGCUUUCUAGCGAUCACUUCAACUACAACUACUCCACAGUUGCUGUAGCUCCCUAUGGUGAUCUUUGGCGCAACCUUCGCCGUAUCAUGACGCUUGAGAUACUCUCUUCCUCUCGUAUCAACGCGUUUUCGAGUGUUAGACAAGAAGAGGUCAAGUUACUACGUGAAAAACUCAUCCAAAGUUGUGAGAAAGGCACGAGAAAGAUUGAUUUGAAGUCUAAGUUUGUGGAGCAUUCUUUUAAUGUCAUGACAAUGAUGAUAGCUGGGAAGAGGUAUUUUGGAGAAGACGUGGAAGAUGAAGAAGAAGCUAAGAGAAUUCGUGGUGUUAUUAGGGAAUCAGUGGAUUUGUGUGGAGCAACAAAUAUGGGAGAUUUUUUACCAUUUUUGCAGUGGAUGGACUUGCUGGGUGUGGAGAAGAAGAUGGUGGGGUUGAUGAAAAAGAUGGAUAGGUUUUUGCAGGAACUGGUUGAUGAAAAUCGUGGAGCUGGAAGCGAGGCAGAGGUGAAGAAAUUGAUGAUACAUAACUUGUUGAAGUUGAGAGAAACAGAGCCAGAGUUUUACACGGACGAAAUCAUCAAGGGAAUUAUUAUGGUGUUGCUAGUAGCAGGGAUUGAUACUUCAUCAACUACCUUAGAAUGGGCUAUGUCACUAUUACUCAACCAUCCAACUGCAAUGGAAAGGGUCAGAGCUGAGAUAGAUGCUAAUGUGGGAGAAGGCCGCCUUUUGGAUGAACAAGACUUGCCAAAGCUACAUUAUCUACAAAAUGUAAUUAGUGAGACACUCCGAUUGUACCCACCUGUUCCUCUUCUUGUGCCACAUGAAGCAUCUAAAGAUUGUGUAGUAGGCAAUUAUGAUGUGCCUCAAGGAGCAAUGUUACUGGUCAAUGCUUGGGCCAUUCAUAGAGACCCUAAGGUUUGGGUGAAUCCAACAGAGUUUAUGCCAGAAAGGUUUGAAGGGUGGAAAAGUGAUGAGGGGUUUAGGCUAAUUCCAUUUGGUGCUGGAAGGAGAGGAUGUCCUGGGGCUGCAUUGGCCAACCGAGUGAUUGGAUUGACAUUAGGGACUUUGAUUCAAUCAUUUGAGUGGGAAAGGAUUGGGGAAGAGGAGGUCGACAUGACUGAAUAUUUGGGCCUCACCAUGCCCAAGGUCAAGCCUUUGGAGGCAAUGUGCAAAGUAAGGGAACUAAUGCCUCAGCAUUCUCCAGUGGAUGCCAUUAUCUAAAAGUCCCCCCAACUAAGUCAAUUGGACUUGUGAAAUCCUAUAUAUGAUUAAGAAUAUCCACACCAAAAAAAAAAAAGUGACUACAACUUAGAUGUAGUUGAUUGAAUGUGGUGAUGGUAGUCAAAAAAAAAGUUAUGAGUUUAUGUAAAAGUGACAAGUAGUCACUCACAUUUAGUUGUUGCAAAAAUUUUGGCACAAAAUUUGUGGUUCUAAAAAAGUUUUAUACAAA